CGGAGACACGUUUUAGACCGUCACUUGCACUACAUAAGCUGAAGCUUGGACCUACUGAAGACACAUGAGAAGUAGCUCCCAAGCGAAAAACACCAUGAGAACCCAACUGAUCUUGGCCACCAUCUGCGUCUUCCUGAGUGCUACCUCAGCACAGGAUGUGGUAUCACAAGAAAAAGAAUUACUGGAACAAGUAGGGGAGCUUCUCCGACUGGUUCUUGAUCUGAGCUUCCAAACAAAAGGCAUAGAGGAGAAGUUCCGUCAUCAGCGAGAUGAGAUCGAACGAAUUGAAGGACUCGAAGCUACUCUGGUUAAGCUGGAGACUGGCGUUCUGGACAGCAUCAAUAUCACCGCUGCGGGUGUUGGGAAUUUGACAUCUUUUAUUGCGGCUGCCCAAGCCCAAAAUGACCAGGCCAUUCAGAACCUCACCAAGGUGGACGGUGAAAUCCGAAACCUUGUGGGCGAUGUAGAAACCAACCAAAACAAAUACGAAAAGGAUCUGGACCAGUUGGCAGCAUCGAUUAACACACACCUGAGUGAGAUUGAACAAGUUCUGCGAGAGGCCAUUGUCGGUGAUCUUGUUGGACUGGACCACAAGGCAUUGAUCCUGCAGCAACAACAGCAGGAAAUCAAUGGCCAGGUUGGUAAUAUACAGGAGCUAAAUGAUCUGGCAGGACAAGCCAACUACAAGCUGCAGCAACUGGAAUGUGGACUUACCAAGCUGAACAGUUCCCAGUCGGAAAGCCUUAACACCAUCAAGGGAUCCGUCAUAGGUAUCCAGAUAGCCUCUUCGCAGAUCGACCAGAAAAUCGGUAUCCUCUUGGAUAACCAAAAAAAUAUUGAAAAGUCCCUGGGUGGAUGCUCAAAGUGGCGGCCUUAUGAGCCAAAAACCGAUAAAGCCCACGAAGUGUGGACUCACCCAGAACACGUCUCGGGCUAUCAGUCCCACCAUGAACAUAAACCAAAAUUUGAGACCACAUAUCCAUCUGAGGGGGAAUCCUCCUACCUAUACAAGCUUUGGUAUGGAAAGGGACCAGAAUAAAACCAAUGGCUUUUAGACAAAAAAUAGAAAAUUAUAUCUUUAAAGCUUACAUUAUUCCAAUUCAAACAAAA